UCUGCAAGGUCUUUGUGUCCACCUACUACACGCUGGCUCUGGCCACCUGCUUCACGGUCGCCUCACUGUCCUACCACCGCAUGUGGAUGGUGCGCUGGCCCGUCAACUACCGCCUCAGCAAUGCCAAGAAGCAGGCCCUGCAUGCUGUCAUGGGCAUCUGGAUGGUCAGCUUCAUCCUCUCCACGCUGCCUUCCAUUGGCUGGCACAACAACGGAGAGCGCUACUACGCCCGAGGCUGCCAGUUCAUAGUCUCCAAGAUUGGCCUUGGCUUUGGCGUCUGCUUCAGCCUCCUGCUACUCGGGGGCAUUGUCAUGGGGCUGGUCUGUGUGGCCAUCACUUUCUACCAGACGCUGUGGGCCCGGCCCCGGAGGGCUCGGCAGGCCCGGAGAGCGGGGGGCAAUGGCAGAGCCAAGGCAGGUGGGCCAGGGGGCUUUGGUACCCGGCCGGCUUUUGAGGUGCCAGCCAUUGUGGUGGAGGACACCAGAGGGAAGCGGCGGUCCUCGUUGGAUGGCUCCGAGUCCGCCAAGACAUCACUGCAGGUCACCAACUUGGUCAGCGCCAUCGUCUUUCUCUAUGACUCUCUCACAGGGGUGCCCAUCUUGGUGGUGAGCUUCUUCUCCCUGAAGUCUGACUCGGCUCCCCCGUGGAUGGUGCUGGCCGUGCUGUGGUGCUCCAUGGCACAGACGCUGCUGCUGCCCUCCUUCAUCUGGUCCUGCGAACGCUACCGUGCCGACGUGCGCACAGUGUGGGAGCAGUGCGUGGCUAUCAUGUCUGAGGAGGAUGGCAAUGACGAUGGGGGCUGUGACGACUACACAGAUGGCCGAAUCUGCAAAGUUCGAUUUGAUGCGAAUGGGGCCACGGGGCCAGGGGGCAGGGACCCCAGCCAGGUGAAGCUGCUGCCGGGCCCGCACACGCUCUUUCCCCCUCUGGAGAGAGUGCACUACUUACAGGUCCCUUUGUCGCGCCGUCUGUCCCAUGAUGAAACCAACAUCUUCUCUACGCCUCGAGCACCUGGCUCCUUCCUGCACAAGUGGUCAUCCUCUGAUGACAUCCGGGUCCUCCCUUCCCAGAGCCGCGCCCUGGAGGCCCCUCCUGAGUACCUAGGACAAAGACAUCGCCCGGAGGACCAAGAAGAUGAAGAAGAGGCCGAAGGUGGGGGGCUGGCCAGCCUUCGCCAGUUCCUGGAAAGUGGGGUUCUGGGAUCAGGUGGGGGACCCUCACGGGGUCCUGGCUUUUUCCGGGAGGAGAUCACCACUUUCAUUGAUGAGACACCUCUGCCUUCUCCAACGGCCUCUCCAGGACCCUCUCCUCGAAGGCCCAGGCCACUGGGUCUCUCACCCCGCCGACUCUCCCUGGGGUCCCCUGACAGCAGAGCCGUCGGACUUCCUCUGGGGCUAACCACAGGGCGACGCUGUUCCCUGACAGGGAGUGAAGGCAGUGCAAGGGCCUGGGUGAGACCCUGGGGCCCAGGGAACCCCAUCUUCCCCCAGCUGACCCUGUGAGCCAAGGUGGGCUUGCUGGACUCCGAGGAAGGGGCCAGGUGAGGACACUUGUUCUGGCGCUGAGCCUGGGACUGCUGCCCCUGGACUCGGGGGAGAUGGGUAACUAGAUCUGCGGUUGAGGAGCCCCUGCUCUUUACCAAGUGACCAGAUGCCCUACUCACCCUCCAUCAUCCAUAGCGAAAUGUAUUAAAGUCUGAGUGUUGCCAUAGAAA